UGAGCUCUGGAUGUUGUUGCAGCAUCAGCAGGGCCCUGCUUUGAUCCUUGGGCCGUUCCGAGGCUCCUCGUCCCCGCCGGAAUGGAGGUGUCGUAAGCAGGGAACAUGAUUAAAGAUAACAACGAAGUUGUUCCACUAAUGGGCAAGAAAACAAAUCCAUCUGGAAUUCCCCCUUCAAACCAGCAAGAGAAAAAGGUGACUGAAAGCACCCCCACGAAGAAAAGUUCCCACUUUUUCCUGGAGAUUGAUGGUUUUGAAAGCAAUGCCACUCCAAAUAACACAUCUCCCCCUGUGUUUUCAAAACCAAUGGAUUCAAAUAUUCGACCCUGUGCUUCUGGAAAUGGGGAAGACAUGGAUUCCCCACAGUCUCUUCAGGAUGAUGCCACUGAGUAUAGUCCUAAUGUGGACAGUUGCUGUGCUAACAUGUCCCAGGGACCUGAGCAGACCAGUGCCAGGAAGAAGCUGAAGCGAUUCCUGUUCCGGGCAGUGUCAGAGGGGAACGUGGAGGAGCUGCAGCGUCUGCUGGGGGAGCUGAAGGAGCGAUCCAGUGCCUGCACAAACAUGACUGUGCCAGAUUAUCUGAUGAAAAAAUUCACAGCUUCAGAUACCGGCAAAACUUGUCUGAUGAAAGCUCUGCUGAACAUCAACGAGAACACAAAUGAGAUAGUGAAUAUGCUCCUGUCCUUUGCAGAAGAAAAUGGUAUUCUGGAGAGAUUUAUCAAUGCAGCUUACACAGAAGAGGCAUAUAAAGGCCAGACAGCUCUAAAUAUUGCCAUUGAGAGGAGACAGUAUGAAAUAACCCAGAGCCUCAUAGAAAAAGGAGCUGAUGUCAAUGCCCAUGCCCAGGGUAUUUUCUUUAAUCCCAAACAUAAGCAUGAAGGCUUUUAUUUUGGUGAAACUGCGCUGGCAUUAGCUGCCUGUACCAACCAACCAGACAUAAUUCAACUGUUAAUGGACAAUGCCAGGACUAAUAUUUCUUCUCAGGAUUCCAGAGGAAACAAUAUCCUCCAUGCAUUAGUUACUGUGGCAGAGGACUCCAAAACUCAGAAUGACUUUGUAAUCAGAAUGUAUGAUAUGAUAUUGUUGAAAAGUAAAGACAAAAAUUUGGAAACAACAAAGAAUAAGGAGGGUUUGACACCACUACAGUUGGCUGCAAAAACUGGGAAAUUAGAGAUUCUGAAAUACAUCCUGAGCAGAGAGAUCAGAGAGAAGCCAAACAGGAGCCUGUCAAGAAAAUUCACAGACUGGGCUUAUGGUCCUGUUCAGUCUUCUCUGUAUGACCUGACAGAACUGGACACCACUGCAGACAACUCAGUGCUGGAAAUCAUUGUCUAUAACACAAAUAUUGGUAACCGUCAUGAAAUGCUGACUUUGGAGCCUCUGAAUUCCCUCCUGCGAAUGAAAUGGAAGAAGUUUGCACGACACAUGUUUUUUAUGUCGUGCUGUUUUUAUUUCCUGUACAAUGUAACUUUAACAUUAGUUUCCUACCACAGGCCUAAUGAAAAUAAAGCUCCACCUUAUCCACUUGCUCUGACACGUGGAGUGGGAUGGCUGCAGCUGUCAGGACAGGUGAUGGUUAUGUUAGGAGCAAUAUUUUUAGCCAUUAAGGAGAGUGUAGCCAUCUUUCUGCUCAGGCCUUCAGACCUGCAGUCAAUUCUCUCUGAUGCCUGGUUCCACUUUGCAUUUUUUAUACAAGCUUUGCUUGUGAUCUUCUCUGUCUUUUUGUACUUGUUUUCCUACAAAGAACACCUCGUGUGUCUUGUUUUGGCAAUGGCCCUUGGAUGGGCCAAUAUGCUCUAUUUCACCAGAGGUUUCCAGUCCAUGGGCAUUUACAGUGUGAUGAUUCAAAAGGUCAUCCUGCAAGAUGUGAUAAAAUUCUUAGUUGUCUAUAUCGUGUUUUUGCUGGGAUUUGGCGUAGCUCUUGCUGCCUUGAUCGAGACCUGCCACGAGGGCGGCGAAUGCCAUUCCAACAGCAGCCUGGGACCUGUGCUGAUGGAUCUCUUCAAGCUCACCCUGGGACUGGGGGAUCUGGAGAUCCAGCAAAACUCCAAGUAUCCUGUCCUGUUUCUUCUGCUCCUCAUAACUUUUGUUGUGUUGACUUUUGUUCUCCUCUUGAACAUGCUGAUUGCGCUGAUGGGAGAAACAGUGGAGGAUAUUUCUAAAGAGAGCGAGCACAUCUGGAAACUCCAGAGAGCCAGAACCAUUUUGGAAUUUGAAAAAUUCUUGCCAAAAUGUUUGAGGAAAAAAUUCCAACUGGGGGAGCGGUGUAAAGUGGCUGAGAACGACACCAGGGUGUGUUUAAGGAUUAAUGAAGUGAAAUGGACCGAGUGGAAAACACAUGUUUCAUUUAUUAAUGAAGAUCCAGGGCCAACAGAUCCAAGCAAAAUUCAAGAUAAUUCAAGAACUAAUAGCAAAAACACCUUGAAUACGUUUGAAGAAAUGGAUGAUUUGCCUGAAACUUCCGUUUAGCUUGUGCUGUAUUUGAUAUGUGGCUGUUCUGAAGGUUAAAAAGCAUCAGCAGUGGAUGCUGAAAGCUUUGUGGAUGUUUUGGACAGCUGUAACCAGCUGAAACACGAACUUUCAGUGACACAGUCUGAUGGCUUGAACCCAUUUAAUCAGGGCAGCUGAGCUGAAAUAAAAUGGACUAUUCACUGGUUCAGCUUUGAGCCUCUCAAACCAUUGCUGUCCAAGUUUGUGUGAUGCUACUCAAACUUGGCUCUAGAUGUUUAACUGGAUAAAAAAGGUCAAAUGUGAGAUAUUUCUUCCUUUUGUGGAAAAUUAAGGUCAUCGCGAUCCCAAUCUGCCGGUUUUUGGAAUCUCUAACUCAUGAGAAACUCAUUUUGUACUCUGAACAAAGUUAAUUUCUUGCAAUGGAGCAAAGGAAAGCAUUUCAGUUCUGAAGACGACUAAAUGAAGUAUGUUAUUUUGAAAUAACCAAGUUCUGGAUGCAUUUGCAGCUUUUGCAUUGACUGUCAGUGCUAUUGGAGGCUCAGUCCCACAAGUUGGAGAAGCCUCUUCAGGUCCCAGUAGCUUUGCCUGAUCUGUUUUCCUCUGUGCAGUCCCCAGGGUAUAAUAUGGUGUUUACUGCUCUUUAUUUAUUACUAAGUGUUUGUGUCUCCCCAUAAAAUAAUAGGGCAGAAAUAUCACUCAUGAUGGAGGAUAUUUCUGACUUUGUCCCACUCACGAUGUCUUUACUUUUCCUCCUUGGCUUUUCCGUGCUGUUGCAUCUUGCUACAUAAAAUAAGUUAUUGCCUUGGAGGUUCUUCUGAAUUCAUUUCUGCAUUCAACCACUUCAGGAAAAUAAGUCAGUAUUUCUUCCCAAAAUGAACAGAAUAAGUUCAGUGCAAUGCAAUUGCAGACUUGUUUUUAUUCAGAGAACUAUGUAAUGCAUUUCUGUGGCACUUUUUAUUUCGCUACCUGUGAUGACCUAGUACUAUGAAUUAUAUUUUUAGUUUUCUAUUUCAUGUGUAAACAUAAAAAGAAAUAUUUGUUCUAUGUACUUUUAAAUUUCAAUUAAUACAUGAUGUGUAUUCAGUGUCAUGGCUUUUCAUCAGAUCUGUCCACGUGGUGCCUGUUUUAAAGGUGCUGUUUUAGGCAAGGCUCGGGGGAGCUCAGUUCUGUGUUUGAAUGAUAAUAAGAAUUGCAUUGGAUUUUACAGCCAAGCCUGCUGUGGGCAAAAUGAUCCCAAGGACUUUCUUACCCCAGAAGAGAACGUGAGGGAAGGACAGCACAGAGCUGUUUGCAGGGAUUGGGAAUGUGGCUCUCACUGCCCAACCAGCCUCCUACAGAUGCUGAAUCCUGUGUUUCCUACCACGGAUGGAUGGGAUCCAGUGGAAACCUUCAGUUGUGUUUGUACAGGGCAGAGGAAUUUGAGGGGAAGGACCUUCACAGACCAUGGAAUACCUGAGCAUUGUUUGCCUUUCUUAGUAGGAAAUGGGAGUACGAGAAGAAAAAUUCCUGUGGUCUUGGAAUCUUUCAUCUUUGCUGGUUAAUUUUGCACCGAAACUGCCAACAAAGGACUUGCCUUGGGACUCCACAGUUCUGUUUGGAUCCUUUUCAGGGCCAGUUCUUAUACAAAGGAAAAAAAAAUACCUCUUCACACAUACUCAGGAGACAGAGAGAACCACGUUUCUGUGGGUUGUCACUGAACACAGGCUGAGAGGAUGUGCUGUGCCAGUGUCCAGGUACAAAACCGAAUGGACAAAGUGAGGAAGGAGCUCAGGGGCUGUUUCUGAAAGUUCUUACUGAGGAAACACCCUCCUUGUGUGGCCACAGAGCUCUGGCAGAUCACACAGGCUGGCUCCUGUCUCGAGGCUCUCACCAAGGACACUGUGAAUGAUGACUGGAGCAGGUGAUUCUGUGCUUUUUAUACAGAAAUGUUUAUUUAAAUUAAAGAAAUAAAACUUGUAACUCAGCAAACAUUCUGUCC